AUGCGUCCAACUAAAUAAUAGGAUUAUUAAUUGAUAACUCCACGAUCUCCAGAAAGGAUUCUUAAAAAAAGAAUACUAAACAAUUAAGUAUAGUACUUAAUGAAAUGGAAAGGGUCUGAAUAAACUACUUGGGAAUACGAAGAAAAUGUUAGACGUUCAAUUUUAGAAGAAUUCCUUUAAAAUUAGCAAUCCAGUUCUGAGUAAAAAUAAAAAAAUCUUAAAAAUGCAGCUUCACAAUUACCCAUAUUGUAAUAGGUACAACAAAGUCUCAAACAUCCUAGUUUUUCUGAAGAACUUCUCUUAAACAAAUAAAAAGAAAUGGCAUAAAAAUUUUGUAGUUCUUACCCUCAAAAAUGUGAUGAAAUAGACAGUGUGCAUUUGAUGUUAACAAAUGAAGAUUGUGUGUUUGAAGUUAAAUGGAAACCUAGAGCAGAUGGAGUUGUUCCUAUUUCAGAUUUCUACUAAUACGAUCAAUUCAAAUUGGCUGCUCCCUUACUCUUUAUGAACUUCUUGGAAAGUUGCAUAGUUGGUCAUGAAAACAAUACAGAUAUUAAAUUCUAUGCUCCUGGAAAGGACAAUGUAGAAAGAGCCCAAUUGAUUAAGAGAAUUCUGCUACGAAAUCCUAAAUACUCGGAUUCCAACAAGUAACACAGUUAUGUAAUUGUUGAAGAAUAAAAAUAAUCGGAUUCUCCAAUUUAAUAAUCAAGUAAGAAUACAAUCAUUAACUUUACCCACUCUGACAGUAAGAAAGUCAUUGCAAAUUAAAAUGCAGAAUCCUCAGAUAAGAACCACAGUCCUUUAUAGGAUAGCGAAAAGAAAAACACUAUUCUUAUUUAAGAGUCUGUGGAAAUUCAUUAAUAAUUGGAUUCGAAUUCAUAAUAAGAAGUGCAACAAUAGUAAUCCACGGAUGGCAGAGAAAUAGGAGAAUUGGUAGAUCCUGAUGAAAAUUAGUAAAAUGAUGAAUAAUUGGAAUAGCGAUCUAUUUCUUUAGAACCUUAAAAAUGA